GGUGGUUGGCGCGCAGGUGCUGCCUGCGGUGGAGCUGAGAGUCGAGGAACCAUGCCAUGUGCUCGAGUAUCGAUCCAAAUCGUGGCUUCCAGAGAGAAGAACAACAACAAGAGAAGGAUGUGGUGUUCCGGACAUCAUUGUCGGGAGCCCGACCUCGCCUGUGCUUUGCGACAAGAUUAAUCAUCGCCGACCAGUGAUAUCACCUCUGACUAAUGGAAUUGCAAAUCUGGUCCCCAACUGUGAUAUCACGUACAGAGUGUCGCAUGCGAAGUCUUCCCCGCGUUGUCCUAUAAGAGCUAUCAGGCGCUCUCAGGGAUGUCGCGGUCGGACGUAUGAAGUGGGAAGUCUCUCCAUCUCUCAACCCCUUCACCACGCCAAAGAAGAGAAUCUUGAGGCAUAAGUUUCCAUCGUCUUCUCCCUUCUUCAGGUUUCCCUUCUCCCCCCCAAUUACGGAGAGAAAUUCAUAAAAGAAGAAGAAACUCGGAGAGGUUUACGGAUGAAGAAGAGCCGUGGGUCAAGGGUCAGAAAAUAGCUGGGUUGAUAUGGGUACGUUCAGUUCAAUACUCAUAGAUGCAUUUGUUGGCCUUCGUAUGGAUAAGCGGAUCCAUUGAACUGUAUGCUGGAGUUGGUUAGCGUCCAUGGCUAGUUGUGAGAAUUUUCUAUUGUAGGGGAAGUGUGACGAAGGAAUCAUAAUCUGCAAAGAAAGUUGUCUUGUGGCCAUUCACAGUUCAAUGGGUCGUGUGGUGUGGGAUGAGGGUAACUUAAUAGAAAUAGAAUCCAACAAACCAAUAAGGCAAAAAAUUGAUGAGCCCAAGACUCCAUACCAUCCCAUGGUUGAUGAUGGUUCUGUGUCACCAAUACAUGGUGGCGAGGAAAGAAUAGGUUGCCCUAUUCAGGUGGAUGCAAUUUGGUCUGCUUUCAGUGAUGUUGCUUCCUCAAGUACUCACCAGUCUAGGAAAGUUGGGGGUUGGACAUCCUCUGAGGAUGAGUCAGAUGCCAUGGAGCAAGAUGAUGAAGAAACUUCUCAGGGCAGAUUGAAUUUCAAGGAGCACAGAAGAGCACAUUAUGACGAGUACCGAAAGAUGAAAGAACUGAUGAAAAAAGGAUGCCUUUUCAGUGACGAAGCUGAUGAUGUUGCCAAGGACAAGAAAGAAGAGAGCCCUGAGUCUUCCUUAGUCGGAGGUAUGAAUGCAAUAGACAUUGAAGGAAGUGAGGCAAAACAAUCAGCCCAACCAGUCGAACUAAAUAGUGGAGAGCGGUACUACAGAAGAGUUGAUAGUCCGCUCGAUUCUUGCCAUAGUGGUGGCAGGCCAGAAGAAAAGGAAAAAAGUUUGUAUAGAAUGGAGUCUCACAAAGACAGCAUCUAGGCAUAAACCGGCGGCGCUGAUCCUUCUUUAGUAAUGUGAAAAACUGACUUGCGCAUUUUGCGACUGACUGCUGGUGGGAUUCCAACUGGGGAUGUAAACAAUCAGAUUUUGGCUAUGAAAAUUUGGUUUUUA